AUGGGGAUAGCCUAUUUAUGUAAGAUAACCGAACCAUUUGUUUCUUUUGACCGAUUUUUUAGGUUCAACAUUUUGCCCUGUAGAUAUGAAUAUUCAAUAACACGAAUCAAAAAUAGCUAUAAAGGAAUACUCUUGUCUUCAAUAAUUCAGUAUUGGAACAUAAUAAAACAUCUUAUUUCUGUACACUCGAAGACUUUCGAAGUAAGUUUUCGGUAUAUUUAUUUUAAUUUUAUUUCUCUUCUGUUCAGAGACGGGUAUGAUAAAAUAUCUGGGAGUGAUUUAAAGUUAGUAAAUCUUUAG